AUGAUCAUGUAUUCAGGAUAUGUAAACUGCCCUGUGGAAAUGCUCUACAGAGCCCUAUUAACCCAACGCCCAUCCCCUACAAACACACAGACACAAAACUCCACAACCACCCAGGAAAAAAUCCCCCCUCGCCAAGGACAUCGCAGCGUAAAUCAUCGCAAUAGAAGCAGCCCCCCAUCACCCACCUCCUCCAAAAAGCGCAACCCAUUCUCUUCUUUCAACACAGGAGUACCAGAAAUCUCACCCCCCUCCCCCCUCGCUCUUCCCCUCAACACCCCCACCAGAAACACAAGACAGCGUCUCAGCAGCAGCAGCAGCAGCAGCAGCAGCAGCAGUAGCAAUAACAUCCCCACGCUCCCAAUACUUACACCUACCCACCCUAAAUUUUCCCCCUCAACGUUCUAACCUCGCAUUCCAACUCCCCAAUCCUCCCCACAUACCCCUCCACCACGCUCUCCAGCUCCGCAACCCUAGUUCUACACACCUUUACUACCUCGUGAUUCGCCUUCCUAACAACGCAUCUCUCGUACCGCAGCUCCUCCUCGAGAUCGUUGGCGCGGCGCUGCAGAAGCGCCGUCGCUGCCAGGCGAAGCGCCGUGUAUCUGCUGCUGCUGCUGCUGCUGCCUUCUUCUUCUUCUUCUC